CAUUUUUCCAGUGAUGCAUUUUCCAAGAUAAAUGAUACAUCCGUAAAUAGAAUAAGGAGCCACAGCUGCUGCCUCAGCACUGCAAGUAAAAAGCUCAUUUCUCAGUAGUCGUAUCAUCAAUAGUAUUUUGUUCAGUAAAACAAUGCUCUUAAUUCUGGAAUUAAUUUCACCCAGGAGAUUUUAAUGUGUAUGUAUUUGUACAUUUCAUUUUCACGUAAUUCGUGCAAUAAGGGGCAAACCAUACCCCACUGCAUUUGCUUUUUUAAAUCAGUUAAUUUUAUUCAUAUGAAUAUUUGAAUUUUGGGCAGUUAUCCUUCAAAAGGUAUUACAGUAUUUGUUUCAAAGAAAAAUACAAUUCUAAAGUAAUGUUUUCAAAGUUUUAAUGACAAAAUGUCUUUACCGUUAAGUUUCAUGAUUUUUUAUGAAGUGCGACCAGCAUUAUAUGGAUCUUUACUAUCAAUUCCUAAAAUUUUAAUCAUCAAUAACUGAAACUUAAUUUUAAGUAUGGCUGGGUUAGCAUUUGAAACAUUUACUCAUCAGGCAUGAAAUAAGUAUUUUAUUUAUUGAUUUUACACUUAUCUCUUCCGCUAUUGCUCAAAUUAUGAAAACGGCCCACAUGCGGUACGUAUUACAGGGGAAUACAGAGCAUGUACGGUAUGCCAGUCUGCAAGGAGCACUGACCCUGAUUUUUGAUCCCUCGUGGGGGUCUGACAGACUUUUAACCCAGGGAUAGGGUUACCACACUGACUCUAGCUGUUAUUAAUACACGCAAAGUCGGCCUCUGUUUUGCUAACGGCAGAAACACAGCAGGGAGAGUCUCUCAACCGUGAACAAAUUCGACCAAGCUACCAUCUCUCUGGACUGCAAUCUUCAAACUGAUCACCAUGGACAAUCACGACAAGGCACCCACUGAGGAGCCACCCACACAACUCAUUCAAUUUCUUGAAGACAUCAAACAAAGCGCUGAUGAUGACAAAUUAGAGCGCGACCACACUUCUAAGAUGGACAAGUCAGACAUGGAGAGUGUUGGACAGAUGUUUGAACACUGCAUCCAGCAAGUGUCCCUUUUGGAGAUACGGAGAGAAGAGCUGAUACAAGAGUUACUCUAUCUGCAAGAGCCCAUGAUGCAAAUUGUGGAUCAGCUGAGGGAGAAGCUGAGGGAAAAGCGGAGACUGAUCGCCCUGGCUCAGAGGGAUCGCACAGACGUAUUUGAGGAAGUGCAGCAGGUGAAGAGGAAACUCUUCAACACAGCCAGAGACUGCAUACACAGCCAAGUGAUGCUGGCUGAACAAGAGUAUUGGGUGGCCCAAGAGGCACUAACAAAGGAGGAGCUUAAGGCCCAAGUCCAAUAUCUGACCGAGGAGUUGUUUCAGCUUCGAGAGUCCCAUCAAAAACAUCUGAAUUGUUUGAGGGAUCAGGCCAAGAAGCCAUGCAGACCGAGAGCCAUGAACGAUGUCAACCUGUGCCGACAAGCUUCCGUCCGCCUCCAGCGCCGGCUCAGCAUCAGCAUUCAGGAGUUGGAGAGCUGGUAUGAGCCGCGACUCAUCGCACUGCUUAAGAGGAAGCAGUUGGGAGAGAAAGCCUUGAGAGUAGGCCAAGAGCAAGCAGCGAGCUUUAAGGCCCAACUCGAGCCCCUCAAACAGGAGGUACAACGACUAGAGGAGCAGAAAACCUAUCUGGAGCAAAGGAUCAACCUGAUGCAGCAGGAGAGAGAGGAAAUGAUCACACAUCACAAGGAAGUCGAGGAAGAAGUAAAACAGGCCCUGAGGAAACUAGUGCUGGACUUUGAGGUUCAAAAAAGACAAAAAAAAGAUUUGGAAGCUGUCACCAAUUAUAUUUUAGAUGAGAUGGCAAAUCUCAGAGUCUGCGAUGAUGCUUCAGCGGAAGAACAGCCAAAGGAUUCAACUUCCUGUCAAUCCGCCGAAUGUUGAACAUUUUUGCUUGAAAUUAGUUUUAUAAGGUAAAUCAAAUACAAAGCAUGAACUCCAUUAUUAUAAGGAAUACCAUUCAUUUUUUUUCUUACAUGCCAUCCAUCCACAUUCUAUAGCGCUUGGCCUCAUGAGGGUCACGGGUGCCUUUGGGUGAGAAGUGGGCACACACCGGACUGUUAAACUGCAGGACUGAUACAGUGACAAAGAAACAUGCAUUCACACUGCAAAGCAGACCACUUUACUUCAAAUAUUUAUUAUGAAUAUAAGCACACAAGAGCUCAGAUGCCGCACAACAGAACAGAAAAUGUAGAGGGAAGAAAAAUGGAUGCAAGAUGUAACACAGCUAGAAAAUUCUGGCUACUUUCACACAAAUAAAGUGGAAACCUUUGUAUGUACAUUUGUAUAAAAAAUGGAUCUUUGUAGAAAUGUGUGGAUCUUAACUAACCAAUUCCAGAAAAGAUGAGGGAAAACAAACUCGUUGAAAUAAAGAAUUGGAAUGACCGCCGACUUCUUGACGGUUUCAUCACAUCAGGGUUGAAUAACUUGGAUUAUGACAAACAUAUCUAAAAGAAUUGGAACCUAUUCAGACUGAUCACAUCGGCAUGUUAUGAUUUUCCCCAAAAACACUGGUGCCCGAAAUGUAGAUUUAAAAGAAGUGCUUAUGCACCCAACAAUGAAAAGAGAUCAUUUGAAUAAGCAGGUCAGAAGAAAA